AUGGAAAGACCAGAUAUUGUUUUUUGGAGACACAGAUAUUUGAGAGAAAUGAGAUGUCACAGGAAAGCUGGACGACCGAUUGUCUAUAUUGAUGAAACUUGGGUAGACAGCAAUUUGACAUUUAAGAAAUGUUGGCAAGAUGACACAGUUUUGGGAGUUACAGCAAAUGUUAAUUCGAAAAAUAGACUUAUAGUUGUUCAUGCUGGGUCAUCAACGGGUUUCCUUACGGGUGCUUUACUAGUAUAUAAAGCAUCAACAAAAAGCGGCGACUAUCACGGGCAAAUGAACUAUGAAAACUUUAAAAAAUGGGUGUUGGAAAAACUUCUUCCAAAUUUGCAACCAAACAGUGUCGUAUGCAUGGAUAAUGCACCGUAUCAUACGACUGUCGAAAACCCCACUCCAACGAAGUAUUCUACAAAAAAAGUUAUGAUAGACUGGUUGAAAAACAACGGAAUACCCUGCGAUCAAAAAAUGCGAAAAGCGGAACUGUUCUCUCUUAUAGACAGUAAUCGUCCAAAGAAAAUUGUCUAUAAAAUUGAUAAUUUAAUAGAGAAAGAAGGACAUGAAGUUAUACGACUACCCCCUUAUCAUUGCGAUUUGAACGCAAUCGAAUUUGUGUGGUCCUCUGUAAAAAGAAUAAUAAAGGAACGAAAUGUUACUGGCGAUUUAAGUUUGGACAAUCUGAAAUCUCUUCUUCAAACAGCUAUCACUGAAGUUACUUCGGCAGAAUGGGCAGCGCAUUGCAAACACGUAGAAAAGCUUGAAAAUAAUUAUUGGGAGAAAGAUGGACUGUUAGAAGAUUUAGUGGACGAACUGUCAUUUCAAAUUGACACCAAUGAUGAUUCUGAUUCAGAAGAAACCGAAACUUGUGAGAGUGAUUUAGAGGAUUUUGAAAUGCUUGAAUGA